AUGGGCUUCCUGCGAACGACAAUCCUCACCGGCCUUUUAGGCACGACCGGAGCCGCCGCGUACCUCGCCGCCAAGAACCCCGUCAUUUCGCCGCUUGCGGCAACGGAUGCGAUAUGGUCUUCUCGGCUCUACAAACAGCACAAUCCGUCCAGGAAUCCUGCUACUCAGGACUACAGUGUGAAGCGCAUUCCGCUGAGCAAGAUCCGUCCUGAACUGCUACAAAAAGAGGGCGAUCUUACUCUUGAAUUCUGCCGUGGCUUGUGGAGUGGAUGGGGCUAUGCCAUUCAGCGAAAAUAUCUUGACUACAAAUGGCGCGGUCCCGAAACAGCCAACCAGCUAUGGACAAGCCAACAGCUCGCGACUAGCAAUUACGACAAGGGCACCUUCAUCACAGAUCACUUUGAAGUCCUCGAGAAAACACCCAAUGCCAUCACCAUCCGCUGUGGCGAUUCCCCGCGCAAUCAACCGUUGAGAGGCUCCGAUGGUCUUUUCAUCAUCAGCACAAAAAUCGACAGGGAGCGCGAGGAGGUUGAACUGCAACUCAAGAGCUGCUUAUAUUCGAGUCAGGGAACAGUCUCCGGUGUCAAGGGGCCGAUGCCACCGUGGAUGGAGGAGUUGCAUCAGUGGUAUGUGAGGAUCUGGUCGGAGACUGCGUCGUGGAAGCUUUUGAAAUAG